GACGUGGACGAGUGUCAGUCAGGAUCUCAUUCCUGUCAUGCACAAGCUCAGUGCGUGAACAUACAAGGCUCCUACGAAUGUAGAUGUUUAUCCGGAUAUUUGGGGGAUGGUCGUGCCACAUGUGCAGGUAAUUUUGAGAUAAAUCAUGCUAGAACGCAUCACACUACUGUAUUCUGUAGCCGUCGUCACAGACUAGAAAUAAUGAGCUUUGAAAGCCUUUCAUCAAUAGACGCCCCUCUUUUAAUGAUAACUUCUAAAACCUGAUCAGAGAGCGCGGUCAUUCUGAGCGGCUGCUUUGGGCGAUACCACGUUCAAACUGAUGGGGUGGCAUUUCUUAUAUAAGCUGUCAAAAACGCUUUCAAUGAAAGCAUCUGUAUCCUUCCCAGUCAUCUCCAAAUCAGGGGUGCUUGAGUGGGAGGAGACAAAAAAAGGAAAAACAUCAACAACAACAAAACCAACACAAAUCAUUAACAAAACAAGAAACAGUCGAACAAGAUAACAACAAAACAUCAAAAAAAGGUACUGACAGCUAAAAAUAAAGAAAACAAACAAACAAAGACAUAGUUCAUUUGAAAAUGAAGGUACUCGUCCUGUUUUUAUUUACGGAAAAUCCAACCUUGCCAUAUAAAACACGAGGUAAACUUUCUUUUCUUUUCCUUAAAAAAAAAAAAGAUAACAACACAAAAGAAAACAGCAUUCCGAGUGAAAUAAGGGGAAACGGGAUUUUUUAAUUCAAUGUAGCUUGACACUAUAUUACAUCGAUUUUGUCUUGAACAGACAUAAACGAGUGUCAACUUGGAUCAUAUUCCUGUCAUUCAAAUGCCAGAUGCAUCAAUACACAAGGCUCUUACAAUUGUGAAUGUGUGCAUGGAUAUUCAGGAGAUGGUCUAUACACAUGCUCAGGUAUAUUUAUAAAUACUUUUACAGCCAGUCAAUUUGAGUACGCUAGAUUAGGUUAACAUACGUUACGAUGUAGAAUCGUUUCCUGGCUAUUUUUUUGGCUAUUUGUCCCCAUUCCUGCCUGCAAAAUAUGUAUAGUUAAAACGGGUUUAACUAAAUGAAAAUCUGAAAAACUGAAUUUCCUAUUGGUUUAAAAUAGUCUCUAACUUGUAUAUUUGAAGUUGACACAAUUGGUUUUAGGCAGCUUCUAUAAUUAAGAAAACAAAUUCAAAACCGUGUUUAACAAAACAUCUUUAAAACAUGUUUGAGCUUAAAUUUGGAAUGAAUGGGGUAAAAGUCUAAAGAGUCAUUAUUUGGAAUCUGCCUGUUAUCUCCUGUUUUCUGACUUCGUUUUUAAAGAUAUGUCUAGAAAUGCAUGCAGUAACGGAAAUGGCUACAUGAAAUGGCGAGAUGGCGAAAAUUCGUCAAAAUCGUCAAAUCUACCGGCCUGAUAUCGCUUUGACGAAUUUGACUAAAAUUCGUAAAAAUCGUCAAUUAGGGCGGUUAGGUAGGACUCAAUCAUUAGAAAAAUGAAAUGAAAUUUAAAUCUAACCUCGACAGAUACAAACGAGUGUAUAACGGGAUCACAUUCUUGCGCUUCAAACGCCGAUUGUGUUAAUACAAUCGGCUCGUACGACUGUGAAUGUGAGCGUGGAUUUCGAGGGAGUGGUCGGUAUUGUUCAGGUGAGAUGUGAAAUAUAAAUUACAUUUUUAAGAACCAAGCCGACGAAAAUGUUUAACUCCUAUCACUAUUCGCUGAAUUCAAUGCUCUCAUUUACUGUAAGACCACAUUUCAACACGCCCUUCAAUUCCUGUUUUCACCAGCUACCUGGCCACAAUGACGGCUUUCUUCAAGUGGACUUCAUUGAUUUUUCUGCGUUUAGCUGCAAAAAUUAAUUGCAUAUAGACCCUAAGCUUCACCUACUGAAAUAUUAACUCUACCAAAUACUAUUCCAUUACCCUCUUUCCACAUGGAACAAAAACUGCUGCUGUUCUGCCCUUGGCAACUAAGCGAUGCCUAUGAGGAAAAACUCCUGACACCUCGAUAGAAAUUCAGGUGGAAUGUUAGCCAAGCUAACACAAUAACUUAGCGCUGCUUCUGUUAACCGUUGUAAGAAAAGCGCACAAACGCACACUCACGCUAAGAAAGACACUAAUUUCUCUAGAAAGAUUGUUUUUGCGAGUGAUUAAGUCGAACAUGUACUGACCCUUUUACAGAUGUGAACGAGUGUCAAACGGGAUCAUAUUCGUGCCAUUCAAACGCUCGGUGUGUUAACACAAUUGGCUCAUAUGUCUGCACAUGUUUGCCUGGAUAUCAAGGGAAUGGAUGGCGUUAUUGCAAUAGAGAAGGUAGAACUAGAAAAAUUCUUAUAUUUCUAUCUUUCUAGCUAUCUGUGUAUCUAUCUAUAUCUAACCACAAGUCACAAGUCAUCUAGACAUUUAAUAAUCUAUACAAUUAUCUCUAUGUUUGUAAUUAGAUGAAAUACACACGCACUUUCAUUGGCUCAUGAAGUUGAUCAAAUGUACGGCGGGAUGAUUUCAGUUACAGAUAACAGAUCUUUUAGUUCUUAACUUGUUGUUUUAAAAAACAUUUGUGAGGAUCAAAACUAUGAGGGAACAUUUGAUAUUUUCUCCGAUUAGCCGUCGGUGUUCGUAAAUGAGCCCGCGGUCAUCCCCAUCCACCGACUAAGCCCAUGGACCUUGACAUUGUUGAUUUGCACCGAUAGAUUUGUCUUCUCGGAUUGUGCGGGCAGUUUUGGUUUACGCCUUCGUGGGUGUCCUUCGGGAAAAAAUUCGUACGCUCGCUAAUUUCAUUAAAAUCCUAGCAAACUAUACGUCAGAAGAAAGCUUAACUGCAGAAUAUGGUAAAAAUAUAAUGUAAGCUAAUUUCUUUUUAAAGAAGUGUCAGGUGCCGGUAAGGGGUGAAACGUGCGAAGGUUCUUCUAUUGAAUUUAUCGGGUAUCGGAUGCCGAAGCACGAGCAAAAUGGCUGCACAUUCUUAUUCACAAGGCAUCAAUCAACGAUAGUAUGUCAGGAUUUUUCGAUAUUCUGAUAAGUUGUCUAGAUAUCGACAUCUAAGGUUAGAGUAGCUAAAAAUAUGCGAGGUGUAUUGCGUAAAUGGACGCCACGGGACAAAUAUUUUAAGUAUCAAAAUUUCCCGACACAAUUUUCUUGCCACUAUUCCUAGAAUGUUUUGGCGAAAAUUUGAUGAAAAUCGAUUAAAUCUAUCUACCCAAUAAAUUCGCUCAAAUUGGUUGUAUUCCUUCCAAAAUCCGAUGCAAGAUUUCAGCUAAUAAAGAUUCGCAAACAACUCGCGCCUCGCCAAAAGAUUAUCUCGCCUCCUCAACCCGCAAAACAAUAAGGCAAUGGGACCUCCUGGCGUCAAUGACGAUGGAUCAAGAUUUCCCGUGGAAACAAACCCAUUUCAGCCAGCUUUUUUUUUUUUCUCGAUCGCUCAGUAGAGCACUGAGGAGGACGACGCAAUAACGAGCAGAGUUGCCAAAGGCAAAGGCAAAGGCGAAACCCGCGGCAAAAAACCGCAAAAUGCGCUGUGGGGCAACACAACGAAUCGGCAGAAAACUUUCAAAAUUACGAUUCGAGGCGACCGUUAACGUUUUUGUAUGGAGGCUGGUACUUGCAUAGAGAAAAGCAAACCUCGUUUUUAACAUUAUGUAAGGCAAAUUUUGUUAGGACGGUGACUGUGACUGUGACUGUGACUUCUUUGUUCGAAAUCUGGACGCCGGCGUGGGGCUACCCCGGUAGCAGUCGCCUCCACGAAGGAAUUGUUUUCUUUUCUUGAGAGAAUUGUACUCUUUCUUUCUUCUUUAGGCCUGUUUUUUUUUUGUUUUUUUUUUUUUUUACCCUAGACUCUCUUUCGCUUUUGAUUUUUCCAUGAGCAAAGAUCUUUCCAUAAACGAAUAGCUUUCACGAGUGACCGUCACUCUUUAGCUUUCACCUGAUUUCUUAACUUUUAUUUGAAAAUACGUUUUUCUAAAUAACUCGGGUGCUUUUAUAAACUUCAGAAAUUUACUUAUGAAAACGUUAGGUUGAAUGUUUGAAUGCAGCUUAGUUAAAUUAGAGAAAAACCGAUUUCUUUUUUUGGCCUCUGAAAGUGGAAAGUAACCUAAACCUUUCCGUGCAGAAGCUUCGUAUACCAGCUCAAAUACGUGUCAAUGAGGCACUUGGUGGGAGAUCUGUUUUCUGGUUUGUUUCACCUCGGCAUGAAAUUUUCGCAGAAUUCCAUUCAGCUUAACAAGGCUUAUAAAGUGAAGAUAACAGUUUUAUUUUCAGCUUUUCUAGCCACUGAUCAAACUUCUUCAGAACCCAAGAGGUCUUUUUUUUUUCUUUUUUUUUUUUUAGCGGAAUAAGCCUCUUACCUCUUUCCCUGGCUCUGAAGAUUGAUAAUUUCCUACUCUGACAAGCUCUUAUAGUUUUUAAGGCUAUUGUGCACCCUUAUUUAUUUAAUUCACCUCUGUAUUUAAUUUUACAACUUAAGUAAUUAGUGGUUCCAAACAAAGAAUUCCACACAUACAAAAAUAAAUGCCUUUUAGACUACCAAAAGUAUAUUUUAUUCAGGUAUUAUAUUAAAUUUAUCAUAAUACCACGGAGGGCGCAUCCAUCCGUUUAGUAGGUAGAGGACAUAGCUACGGCCACGUAGAAGUUUACCACAACAGGCGGUGGGUUACAGUUUGCGAUGAUCACCGGGCAAGAAACGAAGCCAAAGUGGUUUGUCAUCAGCUUAGCUAUUUUGGUGCAGGCCUGGCUCUUCGGAGCGCUGCAUGCGGUGAGGGGUAUGGUCCAAUCUAGAUGGAUAAUUUCCACUGCCAAGGUGAAGAGGAAUUUUUAUCUCAUCGCAGAAGCAAUGAUUGGGGAAACCAUGACUAUAACCAUGGAGAGGAUGCUAGUGUGGAUUGUAUACCACUCCCAUACUGAGCUUAUGUCACGGCAUUUUCACAGAACGGUAUAAUUUUAGACUACCUUUUCCCGCCAAAAAGGCUUCUCGAGCCCACUUAGGUAAUACGAUCCAUGAAACGUGAAGAAAAAAAAAAAAAAAACCAAAACCAUUUUGCAUGGCUGACACAUAUAGCUUGAUCAGGAGCAAUCUUACUUAUUGUAGUGUUUUCCUUGUUGUGAAUUUCGCUAACGUCGGCAGUAGCAGUAGAUUAGCACAAAGAGAGGUUAUCUCGUAGUUUUGCUCUACAUUCUUACUGCGCAUGAUCUCCCCAGUGAUUAGCUAACUCAGUCACAUUAGUCACGGUAAACCGUUAAUUUCAAUUUCACUUAUGUAUAGUUAUAUUAUGUACUACUAGACCAUGUGGGACGGCCGAACGGGAAAAUAUUUGGCUCGAGGCCAUGUUCUUGCCAAGGACCAAGUGCAGCGAGGUACAUGCGUCAUGACCGAGAGCCAAAUAUUUUCCCCACAAACCGACAAAACUAAGCUGAUAAGCAUUUUAUUACAUGGCUACUAAGUCUUAAAGUAUUAAAAUUAGGUUUCAAUCUACGGAGCACAGGGACAUGAACGUAACCCCACCGUUCUGAGUGCGGAAAAGCCGCAAUAUCAAUAUCUCGUCAAUGCUUUUGAUUCCUUUCUUUUUGCUACUUUCAAUAUUAUAACUUAUCUGUUGUAGAGCUGAUGGAAUAAAAUGAAGAUAUCUAUAGCUCAUCAAGAGUAGACAAGCCGUACAAGCGAAGCUCCACUUAGUUUUAUUAGAAUUUUCUCUCCCCCUCUGAGAAUUCCUGAAAGUUAUUUGAAGAGUAUAGGGACCAGUUUUGGGUUGAAGGAUUUUAGUUAUGUCUCGAUAGAAUUUAACUGAUCCCCCUAUAAGGCUCUGUAUUAUUCUUAUGACCCCCCUCAUUGGCAGUUAAUUGACAUUCAAUUUCCCAUAGUUCCCCCUUUAUAUUAUGUUGGUGACGACUGAUCCCCCCAUUGGCGCUGGAUGGAACUCUUAAUAAAGUCUAUGAGUCCUCAGCUUAUAUGUUCGCUAUGAAUGAUCAACUAAAAAGGUUCGAAGUAAAAACGAAGGCAGCAACUUGGUACCCUCAUGCUGAGAUCUUAACAUUCAUGUCAAACAUUUGGCGAAUAAAUCAUCAGCGGAAACCUCUGCAGACCUGAUACUUGAGCAGAUUGUUUAUUUAUGAUUGUUUAUCUAUUGAUAAUGCACAGUACCUCACUCUCUUGGCGUCGGGCAUCCAGUAGGUAGUUUUGCUUUUAGAGUUCGAUUGCUGGGGUGACAAUGAAAACCAUCAAUUGUAAAAUCCUAGGCAUGCGGUGUCAGCUACAUAUGGACAACAGGGAGAGGAUAGCUAAUGACUCAAAAAAUAAUAAUGUAACGAACGCUACCGAAACUUUUUUUUUUUUUUUUUUGCGCUAGGGAAUGUUUGAGACGGUUCCGCCUUCAUUCCAAAGGAAAUACUUCUUGUAACAAUAAACGGGGAAAGUCAAAACAAGGAAAACCAUCACUACCUGAAUGGAAUUCAUGUUGUAACUCUUUCAUGUGAUUAUUCGGCUGUAAAACUAUUUUGUGACUGACUUCGUUUGCUUGGUCAUGAUGGCUGGAUAUUGGCCGUGUUUUUAUCACGUGUUUUACUGCAGUCAAAAACGUUAAGAGCACUACACCAGAAGAUUUUAACCUCUUAACUGUACCAAUAAAUAGCGUACAGGGCACUUAUUCCAUACAAAUCAAAUACCAAGGGUUUUAUCUGUUUUGUUUCAAUUUUCGGACUUACUUCAAUCAUUUCUACUCUGUCCAUUUUAGAAUGUCAAAACUAUCAAAGUCUGACCGGGGCAGACAGAAAGAUAACCUAUGGCAAUCAAAACACGGUUUGCGACAGGGGAAUGCAUGGUUGGUAUCGUUUUGAAGGAGCAGCAGGUACAAGAAUGCCUACCUCAUGUCCACCAAAACACCGAUGUAACACUCACGCAUCCGGUUGGCUAAAUGGUGCUCAUCCCACAGUGGCUGAUGGUCAGGUCACCAGGACAGUUUGCUUCCACUGGGACUCAAAUUGCUGCAGGUGGUUAAGUUCCGUCAAAGUGAUGAACUGCGGCGGUUACUAUGUUUACUACAUAACUGGCACACCCGUGUGUUCCCUCCGCUACUGCAGCACAGACUAA